AUGACUGUAGCAUUUGUAAGUGUGGUCUUGAGUUUAAGGAAGCAAAAUGAUAUUGUGUUUCCCCCACAAUGAGACAUGGUUUCUAACGUGAGGAUAUGGCUCUCACCUGCAGGUCUUUGUGCAACAUUUGUACCUUGUAUCCUGGGAUGUAAGGUGGCUCAGGACAGUGGAGAGAGCUGCUGUUUGCCAUUCCUUCCAGGGGCCAUGAUUGGUUUGAGGAGAAGCAUGCGCAACAAAUACCGCAUUGAUAUCUUUCAGCAACAAUCAGCAUAACAGCUUUGGGACAUUGUUCAUCUAAAAAAAGUGAUCUAACCUAUUAAAAAGGACCAAAAUACUGGACUCUAAUGAGAUGAAAUGGCCUCUCCAACUCAGCUGGUGUUACUGGUUACAAUUGCUCUUUGUGCUGUUCAACUCAUCGGUGGCUACAGCUUUCAGAACUGCAUCGCAGAUCCAAACUCACAAGGGAAAAGUUUCAAGUGUGUCAAUCGAAAGAAUGUGAGUAUAUCUGAAAUCAUUGAGGACCUGCCGCUGUCUGCAGUCAACCUCACCAUCUCCUUCAACCCCGUGUCGUGCAUCCCCAACAACACCUUUGCUCACCUGCCAAACAUUCAGAACCUCAUCAUGGCUCAAAACAAGCUGAACGUCACCCAUCAGCUGGCUUUCCAGAACUUGAACAAACUUGAAUCUCUUGAUUUGUCUGUAAACAAAUUAUCACAACUCAGCCCUGCUUUGUUUGAGGACCUGAUUAACCUCAAAUUCCUCUCAUUGACAAGCAACAAGUUACAGGAGCUCCCUGAGAGCAUUUUCUCCAGUGUCCUCAAUCUGGAGAGAUUACUGCUGCGGAAUAACCUCCUAACUGACUUUUCGGGGAUUGUCAGAACUGUAUCACAUCUAAUGAAUCUGACCAUGCUUGAUCUUGGUUUUAACAAUUUGACCUCUCUCAGUCACUCAAAUGCGUCUCUGCCUACAUCCCUGUCUGUGCUGUAUCUAUGCACAAAUAACCUGCAUACAUUGGGGUGCGCACCGUCGUUUCUGAGGUUCGUCAAGAUGCUGGAUUUCUCUUACAAUCGCAACAUCUCUGCAGCAGCUUUUCAGGGAGUGGAUUUGAGCCAUGUCAGAUGGAUGCGUUUGCACUCAACCAGGAUCAAUGUAGUGGAGCUUUUAAAAAUCAGCAACAUAAAUGCAAGUCAUGUGGAUUUCUCUGGCACCGGACUAAAAAAUGAAAGCCUGCUCGUAGCAUUCUGCACAUUUUUGAAGAGAAAACUGAGAAGGAUGAAUAAUGUAUUACUGGUUGACAACGGGAUUAGGAACCUAACAAAGUCAUCCCUUCACCACUGCCCUGCCAUUACAGGGCAGCUGGAUCUAUCCCGUAACCAUCUGAAAAAAAUAAAAUGCUUGGAGUUUCUCAGCGAACAUACAAGAAAUCUUACAGUAGAACACAACCUUCUCACCGCUUUACCAAACUGUAAAACUGUAAAUGUGUAUUUCAAAAGGUUAGUAGAGCUGAGCUAUCGUUAUAACCGCAUCCUCACAGUCUGCUCUUAUGCAUUCUAUCACACUCCAAAUAUCAAGGUACUGAAACUCAACAUUAAUAACAUUGCUUUUCUCGAUCACAAAGCCCUGAAAGGCCUGAAAAGGCUUGAGACCCUCCGACUGGACAAUAACCUGCUGACUGAUUUGUACAGAGACACAUUUGAAGAUAAUAUCAACCUGAAAAUCCUCAAUUUACGCAACAACCGUAUUUCUGUCAUUUUUAAGUGCACCUUCAUAAACCUGAGAAAUUUAACCACACUGGACCUCGGAGGUAACAAAAUCACUCAAAUUAUGCCAUCUGGCUUUGAUGGCCUGAAAAGCCUGUCGAAACUCUAUUUAGACGGAAACAAUCUGAAAAUGACUGACACUUCAUAUUAUCACGUGUUUCAAGAUACACUCACAGUCUUAGAUCUACGAAGCAACAAGAUUCGCUUCAUUAAAAACAUAAUUGACUCACCAUUUGCGAAUCUCAGCAAACUGAGGGAUCUAAAACUGGAUAGUCAGCGGCCGCAUGGUCUGACUCUCAUACCUCGCAAUUUAUUCCGCGGCCUCCACUCGCUGAGAUCUCUGUAUCUAACCAACAAUAACAUCUUUCAUCUUGGUCCUGAAAUUUUUGAUGAUCUGAUAAAUCUAAGUUUCCUCACGCUUGACAACUGCUGUGUUGGCGUGGCACAUUUACAACCUGGAGUGUUCAAAAACCUUGGAAAUCUGAGCAAAUUGAUUGUAGAAAAUAUGGGGAUUCAGAACUUUUCCAAGGAGGUGUUUGGGAGUCUUUCGAAAUUAAGCAUCCUUCAGUUAAAUCGUAAUGUGCUGCAGAGCAUUCCAGUAGAUGCUCUGGAGAGUUUACCCAAACUUCGGUACCUCGACAUUCGCAAUAUUCCUUUGAGUUGCACCUGCAAAAACAGCCUCUUGCAGAACUACAGUGUGAAUCACCCAGAUGUUCAGGUGGUCUAUCUCCAUAGCCUGAAAUGUCCUUUGGACAGAAAUCAGUCCUUUUACAAUUUUGACACCAAGGUUUGCUACGUUGAUCUGGGAGAGUACCUGUUCUUUACCACUGCAGCCGUGAUAUUUCUCUUUACAGUCACUCCUUUACUGUAUGUCAAGCUCUACUGGAAAAUAAAGUAUGGCUUCUAUGUAUUCCGUGCCUGGUUUAGCGAACAAUGGAGCAGAAUCAGGGAAAAGGAGGAAAAGUGCAUAUAUGAUGCAUUUGUGUCUUACAAUUCCUCAGAUGAAGACUGGGUCAUGGAUGAGCUGUUGCCUAACCUCGAGGGAAACGGAUCAUCUUUUAAACUCUGCCUGCAUCACAGGGACUUUGAACUGGGCCGCGACAUCGUGGACAACAUUGUCAAUGCAGUGUACAGCAGCCGGAAAACUAUUUGUGUGGUGAGCAGGAGCUUUCUACAAAGCGAGUGGUGUUCUCUGGAAAUCCAACUGGCCAGUUACAGACUGUUUGACGAGCACAGAGACGUUCUCCUGCUCGUGUUUCUGGAGCCGGUCUCCGAGAGGCAGCUGUCACCGUAUCACCGCAUGAGGAAAGUGAUGUUGAAAAAGACUUAUCUGCAAUGGCCUGGCCAAGACUGCAUUAACCCCCUGCAGGCCCAGGAGCUGUUCUGGAGCCAGCUGCGCAGGGCAGUAGGAGCAGGGAGCAGGGUGGUAACUCACGAAGGUGCUGCUGCAGAGAGCGUGGAAAAUAAAGAUUUUGAGAAUCAUUUUGAUGAAAAGUCUCACUUACUGCCUUGAAAAAACAGUCUUGGUUAAUGUUUUUGAUUAAUUUAAUUAAAACGUAUUAUAUGUUACUAUUCUGUUUUUAAUGGUCAUGAAUAUGUACA